AUUCCUGCUGAAAUGCGGUGCCCCGCUCUGGCAUGAGCCCCCCCGGCGGGAGGAGCGCUCCCCGGGAACCGCCGCUUUCCCUGGCCGGAGGUCGGUGUCGGGAAGAAAGGGCUGUCGCCGACUGUCGCCGCGGAGCCGCCGCUCUCAGCGGCACCAGACGCCGGGCUUGGGACGCAGGUUUAGCACACUGGAAGCAUGGCUACAAGUGCCGUUCCCAGCGAAAACCUCCCCACGUACAAGCUGGUGGUGGUUGGAGACGGUGGCGUGGGGAAGAGCGCUCUCACCAUUCAGUUUUUCCAGAAGAUUUUUGUGCCAGACUAUGACCCAACUAUUGAAGACUCCUACCUGAAGCACACAGAAAUAGACGGGCAAUGGGCAAUUCUUGAUGUUCUGGAUACUGCAGGCCAAGAGGAGUUCAGCGCAAUGCGGGAGCAGUACAUGAGGACUGGAGAUGGUUUCCUUAUAGUCUACUCGGUGACGGACAAGGCUAGCUUCGAGCACGUGGACCGGUUCCACCAGCUGAUCCUCAGGGUCAAGGACAGAGAGUCCUUUCCAAUGAUUUUGGUGGCAAACAAGGUUGAUCUAAUGCAUUUACGGAAAAUUACAAGAGAACAGGGAAGAGAAAUGGCAACAAAACAUAAUAUUCCCUAUAUAGAAACUAGUGCCAAGGACCCACCUCUAAACGUUGACAAGGCCUUCCAUGAUCUCGUGAGGGUAAUAAGGCAGCAGAUCCCAGAGAAAAGCCAGAAGAAGAAGAAAAAGACCAAAUGGCGAGGGGACAGAGCCACGGGCUCCCACAAACUCCAGUGCGUGAUUUUGUGAUGGGACCACAUGGGAGUGCCUUGGAUGCCUCCCUCCUCCUCCUCCCUUGACCCACUGCUAACCCAGGCGAGGAGCAGCAGCGCGAUGCCCGCACGGCCCCGCUGCCCCCUCGGGCUCCCCACGGCGGCUGAGGCUCGGAGGAGGCGGCUGGA